AUGUCGGAGGCUGGGGAUAGUCAACACAAGAGAUCAAAGUCCUCCGCUCUUUCGAUGCUUCGACGGAAGGACAAGGAUAAGCGCAACGACGACGACAACCCCUCCGAUGACGGUUCGCCUACCUCCGGCCCAGGUCUACAUCCCAGCACAGCUGCAUCACCUCCCACCAACCCGCCUGUUUCUUAUCAACAGUCCGUCAAGGGCCACAGCUCGAGGAUGUCCAUCGGUCGAAUACCCUCGCGCGACCCCAGCUCCUCGAGCCCUUCGAACCCUUCGAACCUAGCCUUGACCCCUUCGCGAUCCAAUACAGUAUCAGCCGAGAAGGGCGGGUCGCUCGAGCAAUCCGUUCGCAAGUUUCGCAUCGUCGAGGCUCUACGAAGUGGCAACACCGCCGCCAUCUCGAAAGCAAUCCGCGACACGUCGGAAAGCGGACCGCGAGCGAGCACGUCUUCCUUCAGUGGCUCGAGUGCCGCUCCUUUGGACGAUACGACUGUCCUUCAUCUCGCCGUUCAAUGCGCUGAAUUCGACGUUGUAGAGUACGUCUUGUCUAAUGGCGCUGGGUAUAUCGACGUCAAUGCGCGGGACAAGGAUGGAAACGUGGCUUUGCACCUGGCCGCAUCGCAAGGUCGUGGCCCGCUCGUUCGCCUCUUGCUGAAUCAGAAGGAUAUCAAUGAUGCUAUUGCGAAUAACCAGGGAAAGCUUCCCCUAGACGUAGCGAGAAGUCCCGAGAUAUUUCAACAACUUCAACUAGCCAGAACGCUGUUCGUCCAGGACAAGGUCAAAGAGGUGCAGGACCUCGUGCGCGAAGGCGCCUAUGACACGCUCGGGCAAAUUCUCGAGGAGCCUCGGGUGAAGACAAUACUGGACGUCAACAGCAUCGAGUUACCUUGUGACCCUAUAACUGUUGAGAAUGGAGGAACCCUGUUGCACGAGGCAGCUCGAAAGAGGGACACGAAACUGAUCCAGGCCCUUCUGCUCCACGGUGCUGAUCCUUUCCAGCGAGACCGCAAAGGCAAGCUUCCUCAACACGUCACCCACGACGAUGUCACUCGAGCCAUGCUCAAGAGAUCUCCUGCUGCUGUGGCAGCUCAGCGUGGAAUCCAAGAGAAAGCUGUGCUAGGACAUGCAACAUCGCAGGGUGGUCCUGCAGCGGCUUCAACAGGAGACCCGCUGGCUGGUCGAGAGCCCCAGAUGAAAGGGUACCUGAAGAAGUGGACCAACUACCGCAAAGGCUACCAACUACGAUGGUUUGUGCUCGAGAACGGUGUUCUGAGUUACUACAAGCACCAGGAUGACGCAGAUAAUGCUUGUCGAGGUGCCAUCAACAUGCGCAUUGCCAGAUUAUACAUGAGCCCGGAAGAGAAGACCAAGUUCGAGAUCAUCGGCAAAUCCUCAGUCAAGUACACUUUGAAGGCCAAUCACGAAGUCGAGGCAAAGCGGUGGUUCUGGGCAUUGAAUAAUGCAAUACAGUGGACGAAGGACCAAGCAAAGCAAGACCAGCAACAAAAGGCUCAAAGUGCCCAGGUCUUACGACAGGCGCGGGACAAUCUUGGAAAGCCAACAGAUCUAGCCGUCACAGACUCACACAGUGACGCUGCGAGCGUCGGCGAACGGAGGGGCAGUAUGAACCUGUCGCGUUACCCUUCCGGCAAGGUGGCCGCUUCACAAGGCCUCUCUCGUGCCAGCACGAGCGGCAGCGUGGAUGACGACUUUGCUGAUGCUGACUCGAAGGCACGAAGUAAUGGGGCGCCUACGAUUCCAGCUGACCUGGAUGAUGACGACGACGACGACGACGACGAGGAUUACGACCACGAUGAGUAUGGCACCCAAGUAAGUAAGGCUGAAGCGCCGUCUGCUACUAAGGACGCCUUCAACAUUACAGCGCAGUCCGCAAGACUUCAACUGGAUACCCUAGCACAAGUGAGCGCUGCUUUGCAAUCUGAAGCCCAUCGCAAUCCGACAAUGUCUCUUGUGGACCCGAAAGCGGCUCAAGCGCUUGCAACAUACGAUGCGGCAAUUAGAAGUCUGAAGGGCCUGAUGGGAGAUCUUCUCCGAAUAGCCAAGGACCGUGACGCACAUUGGCAGUACCGUCUCGACCAGGAAGUUGAGAUGCGACAAAUGUGGGAGGAAAGCAUGGCCAAGGUGGCAGCGGAACAGGAAGUCCUCGAGGCGAGGGUCGGAGAGGCCGAGAUGAAGCGCAAGAUCACCAAACGUGCCCUUCGAGAGAUGAUGGAAGGCGGGUCAGAGAACCGUCCGUUGAGUCGCGGCAGCAGUCAGAUCCCGCCAGUCGAGAGCACAACUGCACUGGACGAGGCUGUUGCUGAUGACCCGAAGUCUCCAUCGGCGAAGAGCUUGCCUCGCAAAUCAACUAACCUAUCCCACGUUGUCGAUGCCUUCUCGGAUGAUUCAGAGUCAGAACAAGAAGAGUUUUUCGAUGCCGUAGACGCCGGCGAGGUUGAUGUCGAGCCGAUGCCGCCCUCGGACGUGGUUCCCACCGGCGAAUCGAAGCAAGAUAUAGUUGUCUCGGGGUUGGAUGUCAGCAGUGCCUUCAAGGGCUACGAGAACGGGGUGAGAACCAAACUCAAGCUGGACAACGAUAACAGACCUAAGAUUGGUCUUUGGGGCAUUCUUAAGUCCAUGAUCGGAAAGGACAUGACAAAGAUGACCCUUCCAGUCUCCUUCAAUGAGCCAACUUCUUUGCUGUACCGAACAGGCGAAGACAUGGAGUAUGCGGAUCUGUUGGACUUGGCAGCCGAUCGUUCAGAUUCCACCGAGCGCAUGUUGCACGUGGCGGCAUUUGCGGCAAGCGAGUUUGCCUCGACUAUCGGCCGCGUUGCGAAGCCCUUCAACCCGCUUCUGGGUGAGACCUUUGAGUAUGCCAGACCGGACAAAGGUUAUCGGUUCUUCAUAGAGCAAGUCAGCCAUCACCCGCCGAUUGGAGCUUGCUAUGCCGAAGCACCCAAGUGGAGCUACUGGGGUGAGGCCAAGGUCGACUCGAGGUUUAUGGGCAAGUCGUUCGAUAUUUACCAUCUGGGAACCUGGUUCCUGAAGCUGCGGCCAACCGCUGGAGGCAAAGAAGACUUCUAUACGUGGAAGAAGCCCAAGUCCCAGGUUGUUGGUAUCAUCACCGGCAACCCUGUGGUGGAUAACUAUGGGCUGGUGGAGAUAAAGAACCACACGACGGGCGAAGUUUGCAUGCUCGACUUCAAGCAGCGUGGUUGGAAGGCUUCCAGUGCCUACCAGCUUUCUGGUAAGAUUCUCGAUGCGGACGGUCGACCACGCAUGAGCUUGGGCGGUCGAUGGAACUCGAAGCUCUAUGCCCGGCUCACACCAGGGUACGAGGCGACUGUCGAGGAGCCAAAGGACACGAGAGGAAGCAUCAGUGAUCCUAGCCGAGCGUUCGUGGUCUGGGAGGCCCAUGAGCGACCGCAGGGUAUCCCGUUCAACCUGACACCGUUCGUCCUGACCUUCAACCACCUUGAUGACAAUCUCAAGAAGUGGAUUGCGCCGACCGACUCCCGCUUCCGUCCCGACCAGAGGGCCAUGGAGGACGGCGAGUACGAUCUGGCCGCAACGGAGAAGAAUAGGCUCGAAGAAGGGCAGCGGGCGAGGAGAAACGCUCGGCAGCGGAAUGGCGAGUCUUUCGUCCCUGCGUGGUUCGAAAAGACCACAGACGAAGUGACGGGUGUGGAGCAUUGGAAGUUCACGGGGAAGUACUGGGAGCAGCGGGAGAAGUUUGGCAGUGGCGAUGCUCACGCGUGGGACGGCUUGGAACCCAUAUACACGUCUGAAGAGUAA